ACCAUACCUUCUCUUCACCAUCCGGUGCUGAACCUCAUUGUGAAUGUUGAUUACUAAUGUGCUUAUACAUUAAAUUGAAAUUUUACACACGUUUUUGUACUUAAAUUUUCCAGUUUAUAAUUACUAUUUGCACUUGAACGAAUAUUCCUUAUUAAAUAAAUAUUAUGGUUUCUUUAAAUCCAGUUCGUAUUUUAAAACAUCAAGCUGAAGAAGACAAAGGAGAAAAUGCACGUUUAUCUAGUUUUAUUGGUGCAAUUGCUAUUGGAGAUUUAGUAAAAAGUACUUUGGGCCCCAAAGGAAUGGAUAAAAUAUUAAUAUCAGCUGGACGUGGAGGAAUGGAUGCUAAAAUUGAGGUAACAAAUGAUGGAGCUACAAUUCUUAAAAGCAUAGGAGUAGAUAACCCUGCUGCUAAAAUUUUGGUUGAUAUGUCCAAAGUACAAGAUGGUGAAGUUGGUGAUGGAACUACAUCUGUAACUGUAUUAGCUGCUGAACUAUUACGUGAAGCUGAAAAGUUGGUAGAUCAAAAAAUCCAUCCUCAAGUAAUUAUUUCUGGUUGGCGUAAGGCAACCAAAAUUGCUCAUGAUGCACUACAGGCAGCUGCAAUGAAUAAUAGUAAAAGCGAAGAAACAUUCAGAGAAGAUCUUCUCAAUAUUGCUCGUACUACCUUAAGUUCCAAAAUAUUAUCUCAACAUAAAGAACAUUUCGCUAAAUUAUCAGUUGAUGCUAUUUUACGCCUUAAAGGCUCUGGAAAUCUAUCAGCUAUACAGAUAAUAAAAUUAAAGGGUGGCUGUUUAGAAGAUUCAUUUUUAGAUGAAGGAUUCCUUCUUGACAAAAAAAUUGGUCAACAUCAGCCUAAACGUAUUGAAAAUGCUCGUAUCUUAAUUGCAAAUACACCUAUGGACACAGAUAAAAUUAAAGUGUUUGGUUCUAGAAUUAAAGUCGAUUCUAUGGCUAAAGUAGCAGAACUUGAAUUGGCAGAAAAAGAAAAAAUGAAAGAUAAAGUGAACAAAAUUAUUGCUCAUGAUUGUAAUGUAUUUAUUAACAGGCAAUUAAUCUACAACUAUCCAGAACAACUUUUUGCUGAUUCUGGUGUGAUGGCAAUUGAACAUGCAGAUUUUGAUGGAAUUGAACGUUUAGCUCUUGUUACUGGUGGGGAAAUUUUAUCAACAUUCGAUUCUCCUGCCACUGCUAAAUUGGGAACAUGUAAACUCAUUGAAGAAACCAUGAUUGGUGAAAGCACAUUAUUGCGUUUUUCUGGUGUAGCUCUUGGUGAAGCUUGCACUAUUGUUAUUCGAGGAGCAACUGAACAAAUUAUUGAUGAAGCUGAUAGGUCUUUACAUGAUGCCUUAUGUGUACUUGCAUCUACAGUACGUGAACCUACUAUUGUGUAUGGAGGAGGUUGCAGUGAAAUGUUAAUGGCUAAUGCUGUAAGUGCUGUAGCAGCAAAAACUGCAGGUAAAGAAGCUGUAGCAAUGGAAGCUUUUGCUAGAGCUCUUCAAUCUUUGCCUACAACAAUUGCUGAUAAUGCCGGUUUAGAUUCUGCUCAACUUGUACAUGAGUUGAGAGCAGCUCAUGCCUUAAACAAAACUUCAAUGGGACUAGAUAUGGAAAAAGGUUCUUUGGGCUGUAUGCGUGAGAAUGGAAUUACAGAAUCUUUUGUAGUGAAGCGACAAGUAUUAGUUUCUGCAGCUGAAGCCGCUGAAAUGAUCCUACGAGUAGACUGUAUUAUUAAAGCAGCUCCAAGACAACGAGUUGAAGAUCGUGGUCAUUGCUAAUAAUUAUAAGUUCUAAUAUAUUUAUAACAUUAAUCUUUCAUAACAAACUAACUCAAAUAGAAACACAUAAAGAUUGUUUUAAUUCACAUAUUUUUUUUUAUAAAAGUUUUUUUCUUAAAAUAUAUAAAAAUAUGAAACACUA